AAAGGAAAGAAUUCACAGAUAGAUAUAAAGGAUAGAUUUACCAAACAGGUGAGAAAGGGGAAACCGAAUAAUACUGUGCACAAGGUAUAGAUAGAUCCACACUGAGCAGGGGGAUCAGUAUCCCGGGGAAAGGGGAACAUAAAUACCCUAAGAAAAGGGGGUUAAUUUGUCACCCUGAGCAGAGGAAGUAAAUAGAUACUGGAGAAGGGGGCAGAUAAAUUAAUAUAAGGUAGAGUUACAAACAGAGGAACACAGGUGGAAGAUAACAGGUAGAUCUUAACAUUGAAGGUAGGUAGUCAGCGAGGGCAGCAGGGCAACAAAAAGGGGUGAGCUGGUCAGAGAGUUCCAGGGAAUGCAGUAAAUAGGGCAGGUGGGGUAAUAAGGCUGAUAAGGGGCAGUAUAUAGAUAGUACGAGGGCAGGUGGGGCAAUACGGCUGAUACAGGGCAGUAUAUAGAUAGUAACAGGGCAGGUGGGGUAAUAAGGCUGAUACAGGGCAGUAUAUAGAUAGUAACAGGGCAGGUGGGGUAUUAAGGCUGAUAAUUGGCAGUAUAUAGAUAGUAACAGGGCAGGUGGGGUAAUAAGGCUGAUACAGGGCAUUAUAUAGAUAGUACCAGGGCAGGUGGGGCAAUAAGGCUGAUACAGGGCAGUAUAUAGAUAGUACCAGGGCAGGUGGGGCAAUAAGGCUGAUACAGGGCAGUAUAUAGAUAGUACCAGGGCAGGUGGGGCAAUAAGGCUGAUACAGGGCAGUAUAUAGAUAGUACCAGGGCAGGUGGGGCAAUAAGGCUGAUACAGGGCAUUAUAUAGAUAGUAACAGGGCAGGUGGGGUAAUAAGGCUGAUACAGGGCAUUAUAUAGAUAGUAACAGGGCAGGUGGGGUAAUAAGGCUGAUACAGGGCAGUAUAUAGAUAGUAACAGGGCAGGUGGGGUAUUAAGGCUAGUUCAGUGCAGCCAGGUGAUUAUAGCACCAGAAGAAGGAUUACCGGUCUCUCUGCUCUCUCUGCCCGCCCUAAGAUGAGCCUCCCUGGGUUCCUGCUGUUGCUGGCGGCCGCCCUGGUCUCCUCGGCCGAGGUUCUGUUCCGCUGCCCCCCUUGCACUCCAGAGCGCGUGGCCGCCUGUCCCGCCCUGCCCCCGCGGAGCCCCUGCGCGGAGCUGGUCCGGGCCCCCGGCUGCGGCUGCUGUCCUGUGUGCGCCCGGGUGGAGGGAGAGUCCUGCGGGGUGUACACCGCCCGCUGUGCCACCGGGCUCCGCUGCUACCCCAACCCCGGCUCCGAUCUCCCCCUACAGGCUCUGGUGAAUGGCCAGGGGGGGUGCGGCAAAAGGAGGGACGCUGAGUAUGGGAGCAGCCAGGAACGGGGCACAGAAGUUCCAGAGGAUCGCUCAGACAACAUGCUUGUAGACAACAACCUGGAUGCUGGACCCGUGGUGCCUGUGGAUUUUCUCCCAAAGAAGACGAGGGUCGUUUUGAAAGACUGGGCUUUGCUUCGAGAGAGAGCCAAUGAUCAGCAACGAUUCAAAACAAACAAGAACCAUGAAGACAAAAAGAACGUACGCCAAUCCAGGAGUCUCUGUCAGCUGCAGCUGGAUCAGGUCCUGGAACGGAUCUCCAUCAUGCACCUUCCUGAUGAGAGGGCCCCCUUGGAACACCUUUAUGCACUCCAUAUCCCAAACUGUGACAAGAGUGGCUCAUUUAACCCCAAACAGUGCAAGAUGUCUUUAAAUGGGCAGCGCGGCGAAUGUUGGUGUGUUAACCCCAGCACCGGAAAAUCCAUCCCUGGUUCCCCCACCGUCCGUGGGGACCCUGAAUGCCACUUGUAUAAUACCACUCCUGAAGAAGAGCGUAGAUCUCAUGCAGUCCGUACUCCGUAAUUCAAACCACAUUCAAACCAAGCCACCCCGACUUACUUACUGCCGGCUGUUAUCAAUAACUGUGUUGUACAUAAAAGGAAAAAUAUCAAAACAAUGGUUUUGAAAGUGGGCUGGUGGAUGUAUAAUCAUUGAUUAUCUUUUAAAGUUACUGGCUAUAAAUCCUUUUCAAUGCCAGAGCUAAACAGGUUCACAGGGCUAGGGGUAGGCAUCCACUGAUCCUAGAGCUGUGGGGGUACAAACUGGUGGAGUAUGACGUCUACUGCAGCUGAGGGGCCAGUGAUUGAAUAUCUCUGAUCUAAACUGCUUUUGGCAUGGAAGGUUUUAUAAGGAAUGUCUGCAUCAGCCCAUCCUUUUGAUGAACCAUCCCAACUUCAAACCUUCUCAGUAAUGGUGGACCAACAACAUGGGUCAAGGUCAGACGUCAAAAGGCAACUUUAAAGCAACAUAUGCUUUAUAAUGGGUGAAAUCAAAAUACUGAUUUUAAUGGGAAUUCCUCACGUUACAAACUGUCCAUUUACACAAAGGUUUAAGUAUAAAAGGUAAUCUCUAAGAGGCUUUUCAAACAGUAUUAAUUAACGUCUCAGCUGUCGGGGAGGCAUUGACCAAUCAGUUGUCCAUUCCAGCUACCUGUAUUAUAUGCAUGUAAGGGUUCGCCUUAUAUGACAUUAUUUGACCACAAGACAUAAUCAGUUAGUGGCUCAGCCAAAUUCAAUUUUUUGUGUACAUUUUUAUCCUGUGCUGAGUUUAUAUUUUUACUUAUUUUUCCCCCCAAACAAUGUCAAUCAGUAUAUGCCUUCUUUAAUUGACCCUCUCUUUGCCUUAGGUAUGUAUAAUCUCUCUACGAGGCAAAGGGUUAACGAGUACUGGAUUUUUUAUUAUUAUUAUUAUUAUUAAUGUUAUUAUUAUUUUUCUAUCCUUUUUUCAAUGUUUUGAUUUGUUUUUGAUGGGAAUAUUAAGGGAAAUUGUAUUUUCUUUUUUUGUUCUUUUUUUUGUAUUUUUCAAUUAUUUUUCACCACAAUUUAAAUAACCUAUUUUUGGCUGGGUCUGUUGGUAAGUUCUUUGGAUCGAUCAGAAACUGAAAGUGGAACAUAAUACCCGGUUUUAUUUUAUCCAUCUUUUGCUUUAGGUUACAUCUCAUUUAACCCGUCUAUACAUUAAACCCACUGCUUGACACCGUGAAGCUUUUGUUGAGAAAUGUACAAUGAAUUUCAGGGUCUGUCAUUUGGCACAUCCUGGAUCCAUCAUAAUUCAUUGUGUCAGGGAAGCGUUAGAAAACAGAAAGGACAGUAAAGGGAAAAAUUUUACUAUGAUAGUGACGCAUUUACUAGGACAAAUUCAAAGUGCUGCUAUAAAACAGUAAGCCUUCAGCAGAACAUCUUCAUCUUGCCUUAAAGUAGGGUGACCUGUGGAUCCCCAGACAGUUUUCUACUUAACUAGGGCACAACACUAUUUACUAAUCAUCACGUGUCCACGUGUCAUUUCAGCUUGCAGGGAUCUGUGCAAAUAUAGAAAGUUUGAUUUUACAAAUCUAUAAUAAUCAAAAUCCGUGCUGCAUCUUUUUAAAUGGAGGGCUUUUUAACAUUCUUAUCUGAGACAGAAAAUGGAUUAAGUGUGUGAAUUCCACACAGCAGUCUAUGUGAAUGUGUGUGGGAUUAUAUUUUUCCUUUAUUACCAAAACAUAUCAGUCUCCAAGCACAAUCAUUACUGUAUAUAGCAAAAAUACUUGUCAUGUUCACAUUGGUAUCUGUAUUAAUCCAUUAAGUGACCUGAUGCAAAUUCUGCUUGUAGUUGGCUAUAAAAGCACAAAUCCCAAUAUUUAGCUGCAGAAUAAAGCUGUUUGAAUUAUAAUGAAUCAGAUAAAACCACUGUAUUACACACGUCAGGAGGGAAUUUCGAAUCAUUCUGAUAAACUCUAUUUUUUCUUUGUCUUUUUUCCUGAAUAGUUUGCUAUUUCAAUUGUCUUUCGAUAACAUUAAGCUUUGCACAUGUGAGAUGUGCAUCUCUUUUCACAAAAUGUACAGUCCCCUAGGGGGAGGAUUAUGUGAUACACACCCAACCCAUGUGAGUUAUCCACACAGUCACAGUAUUUUAUAGGAUUCCUGUCUGUUCAGAUGAGUUGUAUCUUAAUCAUUUCUGUGUUUCAAGCAUUUACAUAAUGUUCCCUUAUAUGAUUAUGCUAAUAUAAUUAUACACUGUUUGUUGAAUAUGUAAUAUUUUUUUUAAUUGUAUUCUUUGCGAACGUCAAGUGAGCUGCAUUCUGAAAAAUAACCACUAGAUGUCAGAAUGCUUCCUGUCCAUAUCUUCAUUUUUUAAAUUAACACAUAUUCGAGUUUCCUGUUACACAUGUUCCCCUAUAAUUAGGGUCACCAGAUCCGCCAUGGUUUCAGUGAUCAAGUUAUGAUCAUCAUGAGUUUAUCUUUAGCUAUGCGUCCCUUGAGCUUGUGAAUUAGCGGAAAGGAUGGAGGCAGAAUUUUGGUUUGUUGCUUAACACCCAGACUAAUGUUAAUGUGGCUCUGAAUAAACGAAAAGAGCCUCGGCAAGGCAGUAUGUGAUAUUAAAGCAGGCAUAGUCCGGACACAGUGUAUCAGAGCGAGUUUCCACACUCUUGGCUGCCUCUAGGUCCAAGCCCUCCCAUCCCAAAAGUAGGAUAUUGUUCUAGAGUCACAAGGCAUUUUUAUGGACUGGACCAGGGCUGUCCAAACUGCGGCCCCCCAGAUGUU